AUGACAAAAAAGAUCAAGAAAGCUCAGCCAAAGGCAAAGGUGACUCAAAUUGACACCGAUGAUACUUUGUCGAUCUUGAAAUUAGCUUCGAGCGAGAGAACUACAUCUGCUGCCGAGAAGAGGCCAGCCGAGGCCCAACCAUCUGAAUCCCCAAAAUCAAAAAGGUCGAGGUCAUCUGCUGUAACCACAUCGGGGUCUCGAAAGCAGGAUUCCCCCUGGGCUCCCCAAAUCACAUUGGAGGAUAAGCCAGUUAGGGCUAGCGACAGAGCUGAUGAUAUCAAUGCCAUCCAGCAUACUCAUUCCUUCUCAAUACAAUUCUUUGAGAACCGGAAAGAACUGGCCGAUAAGAAGAGAGAAGUUGUCAGUCUGCAAAAGGCCAAUAAAAGCUUGCAAUCCAAGAUGAAGACCUUGGAGGAUCAAGCCGAGGCUGCUAUCAAGGCCCAAAAUAUCGCCGAAGAAAAGGCAGAAUCUGCCGAGGCCAUUAAGAAGGUUCUUGAGGCCGAAAAGAGAGAGGCCGAAGAGAAGAUGACCCAGGACCAGAAGGAACUUCAAGAAGCCCUGGCCACAAAAGCGGCCGAAGUCAAGGCCGCCGAUGAGAAGGAUGAGGAGGGUGAUGAGGUUCCCCAGGAAGCUACCCUUGAGCAGGCAUCAUUGGACGUGCCUCUCGCUGACAAGAGCCUUGAUCAAACCCUUCAAGAAAUUGAUGUUGAGCUUGCGGUCGAGAAGGUGGCCGAGAUGUCCUCCCAGCAGUCUUCCGAGAUCCAGACCCAGCCUGCUAAUGAUGCUGAAGAAUCUUAA